UGUCUGCUUCAGUGGUCCGCUGACCAGCUUCUCCUCUGGCGGACAGGCGCUUCCGGUCCGGCCAAGUUUGAAGAGAUCCGAAAGUCCAACCAGGCCGCCGCGCAACGACUGAUGGAACGUCACACCAACUGCUCCUCCUCUUCUGAGGAGGAGGAUGAUGAUGACGAUGACGGCAAAGAGCACAAGGACGCACGUGUCCUGCAGUCCACCUUCAUCACAUAUGCCAGUCACACAGGCGGCGACAUCACAGACCUGCAGAGGACGGGCCAGUACGUCAGCGAACUCUUCCAGUCCGGAGCGCUCACCUGCCUCAUCUGCAUCGCCUCGGUCAAGCGGACUCAGCCGGUGUGGAGCUGCUCCGGCUGCUUCUCCCUCUUCCAUCUUCCGUGUAUCCAGAAGUGGGCCAGGGACUCGGUGUUCCUCCUCUGCUCUGCCACAGACGAAGACUUCGGCCGUAAGCAGCAUCCGUGGCCCUGUCCCAAGUGUCGGACCGAGUACUCCCACGCCGCCACGCCCACCAGGUAUGUGUGUUACUGUGGGAAGCUUGAGGAUCCUCCCGCCGAUCCCUGGUUAGCGCCUCACUCGUGCGGCGGCGUGUGUCACAAGGAGCUGAAGCCUUCCUGUGGACACGCGUGUCUGCUGCUGUGUCAUCCCGGUCCGUGCCCGCCGUGUCCCAAGAUGGUGUCCGUUUCCUGCUUGUGUGGCAAAGCGACACCCCUGCCCCGGCGCUGUAGCAACAAGGCCUGGACAUGCCAGCAGCCAUGUGGAAAGUUGUUGCCAUGUCGCCAACACACGUGUUCCCAGCCGUGCCACUCAGAAUGUUCCCCCUGUCCCAAAGUCAGCGUUCAGAAGUGCAUGUGCGGUCGGCAACAAUCGGAGAGACCUUGCGCCGGCCCUAAGUGGAAGUGCGAUCGUACGUGCGGCGCCACCCUCUCUUGUGGGAAUCACACCUGUGAGCUUGUGUGCCACGACGGACGUUGCCCGCCCUGUCCCCGCUCGCUCAGCAGAUCGUGUCCAUGUGGCAAAGCCAAGUCCAGCCUGCCGUGCACAGAAGAAGUGUCGCUGUGUGGCGACACGUGUGAGCGCCCCCUGUCUUGCGGGAAACACACCUGCUCGAUGAGGUGUCACCGUGGGAAUUGUGACACCUGCCGGCAGGAAGUGGAGAAAGAGUGCCGGUGUGGGAAAUACAGGAAGCUGAUGGCGUGUCACAAAGAAUAUUUAUGUGAGUCCAAAUGUUCAAAAAGCAGAAGCUGCCAGAAACAUCCAUGUCGGAGGAAGUGUUGCCCUGGCAACUGCCCCCCGUGUGAUCAGAUCUGCGCUCGGACUCUGGGAUGCCGCAACCACAAAUGUCCGUCCGUGUGUCACCGAGGAAGUUGUUAUCCAUGUCCUGAGACCGUGGACGUCCGUUGCUCGUGCGGCGCCGCCUCCCUGACGGUGCCGUGUGGACGCGAGCGGAGCACCAAGCCUCCUCGCUGCAAGGAGCUCUGCAGGGCUCCAUCAUCCUGCCACCACCCAGCUCGAGAGCGCCACCGUUGCCACGCCGGGCCUUGCCCCCCCUGCGCCCAACCCUGCGUGCUGCCUCUGGCGGGCUGCCCGCACACGUGCCCGCAGCCUUGCCACGACCGCGUUCUGCUGAGGUCCCAGCAGGUGCAGCUGUCCGGGCCGUGGGAGCAGCCGUCAGAACCGGCCUUUGUGACCAAGGCCCUGCCCUGUCCCCCAUGUCAAGUGCCGAUACCAGUCUCCUGUUUUGGAGAACACGAGGUGAGCGAGGUGCCGUGUUCCCGCCAGGGCCGCUUCUCCUGCAAGAGGCCGUGCGGCCGACCGCUGCGUUGCGGGAACCACACGUGCGGCAGAGAGUGCCACCUCCUGGACGACGGCAACAAAUGCGAUGACUGCGAGGAGGGCUGCUCCAAACCCCGCCCUCUCCUUUGCCCCCAUGCCUGCCCGCUUCCCUGUCACAGUGGCGACUGCCCGCCGUGUCACCAGAUGAUUCGCCAACGCUGCCACUGCAAGAUGAGCGCCAUCUACGUGGACUGCCUGAAGAUGACGAUGGCCGACGAGGAAACGAAGAUAGCAUUGGUCUCGUGCACGAACCAAUGUCCCAAAGAGCUGAGUUGCGGUCAUCGCUGCAAGCAGGUAUGUCACCCGGGGGCGUGUGGGCUCGAAUGUCACCAGAAGGUCAAACUGCGAUGUCCCUGCAGGAGGAUCAAGAAGGAGUUGGCGUGCGCGUUGUCAUCUUCAUGCGUUGUCGAGUGCGACCACAACUGCAUAGAACAGCAGAGGAAAGUCAGCCAGCUAAAGGAGGCAGAGCAGAAGGCGGCUGAGGAAGAAGAGCAACGGAGACAACAGGAGGAGCUGGAAGCAUUCACAAAGCGGCGCGGAGGGCGCCGCGCCAAGAAGCGAGGUCGGCGGGACGAAGAUGAUGAAGAGGAUGGCGGCUGGAUUGGGCGCUGGCAGAGGUGCGCCGUCCUUGUCUCGCUGGGCGGCGCUGCGCUUUCACUCGCCGCCUACUUUCUUCUGAGCACGACUGAAGACGGCGGGGGGACAGAGCCGUUGGGUCACGUGUUCUAAUGUCACAAUGGAAAGAAAAAUAAUUACUUGUUUGACAAAUAA